GCAACCAUGGAGCUCAAGAAGCGCCUCAACCUGGGCAGCCUGAUGCGCAAGCGAUCGUCGCAACCAGCCCAGGACGUCCGGGUGGACCCCAACACGGAUACGCCAGAAGCAAAUGCGCUCCGGGGAGUGUCUCUCUUCUGCGAGUCGGGCGCCGUCAACUCGGGCGAGGAAGUGCUCCACCUCCCGACCAUUGUCGAGGCCGCCGUUGCAAGCCCCGUGGCUGCAUCAGCCGCCGCCCGGCAGAUCCGCAUCUAUCUCUCCAAGGAGAACUACAACCGCCCGCAUGUGCAGUACAAUGCCAUCAUGCUCAUCCGCAUCCUGGCCGACAACCCGGGCCCGUCCUUUACCAAGAACCUCGACAAGCAGUUUGCCGACACGCUGAAGAACCUGCUGCGCCAUGGCCAGGACCCGAGCGUGUCACAAAUCACAAAGGAGACGCUGGAUGCCAUGGAGCGCGACAAGGCCUACGACACCAAUCUCAACCUAGUCUUCGCCAUGUACAGGAAGGAAAAGGGCCUCAUGGCCAAUGCCGCCAAGCAGUUUGGUCCGCGAACCCUGAAUGCGCCGGGGUGGUCGCGCUCGCAGAACGUUGAAGGCGGCUUCAGUUCGGGCAGCGGCCGAUCCAGCUCGAGAACUCUACCGCCACCCACAGAAUUGGCUGGGCGCAUCGAGGAGGCACGUACAUCGGCCAAACUUCUCCUCCAGCUCGUACAGUCGACCCCGGCCAACGAGCUGCUGAGCAACGAGCUGGUCAAGGAGUUUGCAGAACGCUGCACUGUCGCUCAGCGUAGCGUGCAAGGCUACAUUGCUUGCGACAACCCAGCUCCGGACGAUGAUACAAUGCUCACGCUCAUUGAAACCAACGAACAGCUCUCUCUCGCAGCCUCGAAACACCAGCGCGCCAUGCUCCAGUCCCGCCGUCUCAUCGGUGCAUCGCCCUCACCGCCAGUCUCAAACAGCAAUGUUCCAGCCGGCGUACCUCCCCAGCCAUAUGCGAACUCGCAGAACGAUGCGCCGACGUUACCUCCUGUGAAUGUUGCAGCGGACCAGCCCGCUCCGCCACCCGACUCGCACUCUGACAAUUAUGCAACCCACGAGUCUUCACUUGCAUCGUCUUUACCAGCGGUACCGAGCAGGCCGCCGCCGACUGCCCCUGAGCCGAACCCAUUUGCUGACCACUACACAUCUACAUACACGCCCCCGAACGGCUCUUACCCAAAUCCAAGGACAACAGACGACUACGGUGGCUCGCCCGACUCGUAUCAUCCUGGCUACCAGUCAACUCCCUCGUACCUAGGCCGGCAAGAGAGCUCUGCGAACAACCUCACAAUGCAUGGAGCGCAACCGCCGAUUGCUGAAGAGCAACCGCCGCCCAUGCCACCACGUCCACGAACUCCAGAGGCCAACGUGCCGCCGUCGCAGGCUCAUGACGUGUCGCCGAUUGCAGAGCGUAACACAAUCACGUACAGAUAUUAGUGUUGCUGCCAUGGAUAGAUCAUGGGUUGGUUAGCGGCCCAAAUACGGCCGUGGUGAUGUGGGGUAGUAUGGCGCCGGAGGGUUUGUACGGCAAAGCUGACAGAGGCCCUCCACGCUGCUUUGAAAUCACCAGGCGUACAUGGUUUGCCUUGUUGGGCAGGUUCUGUGGGCAGCCUGCUCGGCACCGGACGGUUCGGAGCGCUCGUUUUUUUUUUCUUUGAGAAGGGAUAAGAUACCAUAGUUGAUUUUAGCUUGGGGUUGGUUUUUCUGGAGUGUGCAGUGAAUACAUACAUGGUUGCUUU